AUGGCAGCGAACAGAGGAGCGGGGACCUUCGUAUCUUUCUUCCUGCUGUGCUGCUGGCAAGACGUGCAGCCCUGGCCGAAUAGAGAGCUUUCAGGUUCAAAAACUGAACAACAGCCAAGUUUAAAAAUUCUGGAUGAUGAUAUAGCUUCAGUGUUUGAUGAAAUUCUAUCCCGGGAGAUUUUGGAGCCAGGGAAAUCAUCAUAUUUUCAAAUUCAAAACCCAUCAACAACCUUAGAAUCAAAAUCAACGAAGGAUAAAAAUGAUGAGAAAGAAACACUUUUUCAGAUGAAAAGCCUUGAAGCUCUGGAGAAAAUCAUUGACACUAUUCGAAGAGCUAUUGGAACUCAUCUCAAGAAAAAACGAAAGUUUCAGAAAAGCAGGAGAAUCAGACAACUCCUGGGGAAACUAAUCUAG